AGUUAUCAUGUUUGCAGUUCGCAGGCGUGUUCGAAGCAGGUUCGAAGCCACUUUUGCACAAAGUCCGGCUGUCCGCGCGAUCCAGGGCGCGAUCUCUGUGGCCAACUCUGCUAACUCUGUGGUCGCGCGUGAUGACCGACUCGCAUUCCGCUCCCGUUCGGCCCUUGGCCGCCGCUCGCCGUCCCACAUUUGACGAAGCUUCUUUCGCAUACGCGGCGUCUGAUCUGCCUAGUCCAGUUGUUUGAAACUCGCCCGUUUUCGUCGUUGGAAAGUCAUCAACCUCUGCACGAUGGGCAUCGGUUCCUCAAAAGUCCCCAUCGCGGGACAGGUGGUCAUCAUCACGGGAUGCGACACCGGCUUCGGUCGCGAUGUUGCGCUCCAACUAAGCGCCAGUCCGUAUUCCGCCAUCGUCUAUGCCACCUGUCUGACGGACGCCGCCGUGAAGGACUACGAACGUAUCAAGACUGAACAGGGAGGCCGCUAUUCUUCGACUCUACGCCCUCGCCAACUUGACGUGACAAACUGGGCAGACGUGCAGAAGUUCGCGGCAAAGAUAGAGGAAGAGUGCCCGGAGGGUAUCUUUUGCGUGAUCAACAACGCCGGUAUCAAUCUGGGGGGAUUGUUCUCGUGGACGGAGGUCUCUGAGUUCCAGAAGGUCAUGGAUGUGAACUACAUGGGAACCGUGCACAUGAUGAAAGCCCUGCUGCCUUCCUUGCUUCGAUACGUGAGGAAGAACCCGAACUCUGUCCUUGCGCCGCGAAUCGUAAACAUAGCGUCGGUGGCAGCGCGGACGGUCGCGCCGAUCUUGGCUGCUUAUUGCCCAUCAAAGCAUGCCGUUGAGGCUGUUUCUUCAGCAGCUCGUAUGGACUUGGCCCCGCUCGGCAUCCGUGUUGCGGUUAUUGAGCCUUGGUUCGCCGGAACACCCAUGGUCCUUGGUGGCGUGGAGCAAAGGCUCGCCAACCUCAAGAGUCGCUUCCUGACCGUCCCCCACAGAGAAGAGCUCGGAGAGUCAUUUCUCGACACGCUCGUUAGUCAACUUGGCACACCCCCCCCGCUGACGAUGGACCCGAAGCAAGUGGUAGACACAAUCUUGAAGACGGUAGAAGCGACGGAACCCAGUGCGCGGCAAGUUGUAGGAUUCAUUGGAGCGGUCGUCAUCUUUUUUGUGCAACUCCUGCCCCUGACUUGGAUUGACCGACUUGCUACCUCGCGCUCACCGGUCCUCAAGAGCGGCUUGGUCCGGAACGGAAGGCAGGGACGAUUGUUGUGAGGUGCCAUAUCCGACCUCUUCCAAAUUCACGUGGAGUACCGAACACUGCUUGUUUAUCAAUUCUCGCAACAAUCAGGCGUAUUCUCAUCAAGUAGCGUCAGGCGUCGAAUCCCUCCUUCUCCAUAGCUCCGAACUUACAUCAGAAUCAGACCUUAUAAUGUCGAUGGCCAAAUGUGAUUCAAUUCCCAUAGCUUAGUCUCUUGUUUGUUCGCUAGAGCGACGGUUUAGGGGCUCCUUCAAUGUUUUCUGGCCGUUCGCCACUUUCAUGCGCUCAGGUAACAAUGACACGAUCCUUCAUGUUUCCAAC